AUGGUAAAGAUAGAAUUUGUAAGUAGAAAGUAUACCAUAUGGUAUUUUUUAUGUUUUACAUUGUUAUACCUAACUGUAGUUAGGUCUUCUCCAUCUAAUUAUGAGCAAUCUGAAUCAUCAGAUUCAACACCAGAUGGUUCAGGUGAAGGAAGUCUGUCUUCUGAUCUCUCAAUUGAUUUUUUGGAUACUUCUGUUGCCUUUCCACCACCACCAUCUUCUUUUAAAGAUCCAAAUGAUAAUAAUAAAAAGCUUUUUCAUAAGGAAUUAUUACCUCCUAUGCCGAAAUUUGGAGGUCUAGUUGGUGAAGUUGAAGAGGUGUCAGAGAAAGCUGUUUCACCAUUUAAAACUCCUAAAAGGGAAUCCAAUACUAAUGGUUCUGGACCUUUUGAUUUUAUUCAUAUCACGGAUAAGAAUGUUCCAUCAAAUAUGCCAUUUAUAGUUACGCUUCCAAAUGAGCCUGAAAAGAUUAAACUUCGUGAAAUGAAGGAUAAAUUAAACAUAGAUAUUGAACCCGAAGUAAGUUUCACUGAAUAUGAAAUUGGAAAAGAUAUUAGAAGAGAUUCCCAAUUUUAUUAUGAGUUAAAAGAAAAGCUAUUUAAUGAUAGGAAGAUUCAUAAGGAAGUGUCAGAAGUAGUUAGAAGUGCAGAGGAAUAUAGAGCUAGUAUUGAUUCUAAUAUAAGGUCAUUAAUUACAUCUGUUAAUCAGAUUAAACAUCUUUAUGAAGAUAUGAAAGCUAGAUUCGAAAAGAUGAAGAAAUCUAGUAUUCCAGAAGAAUCAUUAAUUGCUCAUGAGGAUGAAAUGGCUCGUCUUAAGUUAAAGCAUCAAGAAAGUUACGGUUAUUUAAUGUCAGAAAAAAGAAAAAGAGAUGCUGCAAUUGAUAUUAUCAUGAAAUCUAAACAACAGUUACUUAAUAUUGAUGAGAGGAUAAAACGUACUCAAGAAAAGUUGAAUGUUUUUGAGAAUCAAUUAGAUAUUCAUGAGAAUUCAAGUGUUCCAACUGAUGAGCUUGAAAUAUUACAAGAAACUGAGGUUGAGACUAAACAGGGAUACCUCCCAGAUGAAGUUUCUAUUGCACCUCACCGUAACGAUGUGGACAUUUCAGCUAGAAGUUACGAUGAAUCAUUAAUGUUGGAAGCAGAAGAAUCUACUGGUGUUCCUGAAAUGAGUUCUCAGAGUCCUCAGAAUUCUCAAAAUCAAAUAUUCGAUAUUGCUGCUGAUGAGUCUUUGAAUUCAUUAAAUGUCCAUUUGUCAGGGUCACCAGUUGCUUCGUUAACACCAUCUCCAGUUAUUCCUUUAACACCAUCUCCAGUUAUUCCUUUAACACCAUCUCCAGUUAUUCCUUUAACACCAUCUCCAGAUUCUUCAAAAUUAUCUCAAGCUUCUUUAAAAUCACCUCCAGUUCCUUCAACACCAUCUCCAGUUCCUUCAACACCAUCUCCAGUUCCUUCAAUUCCUAUAAGUCAUUCAUUAUCUCAAACUUCAGAUUCUGAUUUAGGAUCAGAAUUCGAUAUUUACAAAUUUGUACAAUUUGCACUAACUUCUUAUUCUUCAUCCAUUUCUGAGGGUGAAUAUAACCAGAGAGUAGAAGAAUUGGCAAAAAGAAUUAAUAUUAUAAAUUUUGCUAUGAGUUGUAUUUAUGAAGUUACUGAAUUCUUUCUAUUUCUCUCUUUGGAUGAUUCAUCAGAAUCAAGUUAUACUGCAGCAGAUGCUUUAAAAGUAUGUAGACAAAUAUGGCGUGAUUCUUUUCAUUCAAUGGUUAAACAUUACGUUACCAUUCCUCCUGCAACUUUGCGUACUUUAUUUAAAACUGCAAUUCAACAACACUCAGAAGCAGUUAAAUCUUUAUCUAACUUCUAUAGAGAGGAUCAAUUUAAUACAAUGGUUGAGUCAAUUAAUAUUGAAUCUUUUGAAUCAUGUAAAACUAUUGUUGAUAAUUUGUUUAAAGAAGCAGAUUUCUCUGAAGAAGUAAUUACACGCAUUUGUAUAACAAUGCAGGAAACAUAUAAGAAAUAUUCAAGGCAUAUUAAAGAUCACGCUGCUUUAGUAAAUUAUGCAUCGAGAAUUGCCAUUUACUCUGUUAUUCCAUAUUCUUAUGAUACAGCUCCAUUUAAACAUAAUAAUGAUUUAGAUCAAAUGAUUAAACGCUUUUCAUUCAAAUCUCUUUCUUCCUCUUCAACUUUUUAUUCACAAUGUUUGGAACAUUAUUCAGCUGCAUAUGGUCCUAAUAGUACUUAUGAAAUGCCUCAUAAGAUAGUACAAGAAAUUUGUACAUCAGUCCAAAGCUUAUUUAGUAAGGCUUUACCACAUGGAGUGAAUGUUGUUAUCUUUUCGACGAAACAGGUUCCAACAGAAAUGAUUCCAUUAUUUAGUGGAGCAACUGAGAUGGUAUUUUAUCGUUAUAAAUCUCAGUCAGAUAUAUUAAUACCAAAAGAAUCUUCGGAAUCUUCGUUAGAUCCUGGUGUUCCUGCUGAUCUAUCACCUGAAUUACAGUUGACAUUAAAUAUUUUAGAUCAACAAUCUAAAACUCAAGACUUCUUACAAGAGCAGCAGACACAAUUAAAACAAAUUUUAGAGAAACCUUUAAAUUCUGAUGAUACACAUCAAAUUUUAAGUGUGAUUGCUUCUUUAAAUUCUAAACAGCGUGAAAUUGAGAAGAAUUUAGCUGUAACAUCUCCAACAAUAACUCAUCUAAUUUCUGGGGCUCGGAAGUAUUCCCAGCCAUUAAUUUCAGUUCCAAUAUCAUCUGCUAGUACUACUGAUAUUUCUACGGCAGAUGCAUCUAUGGUUCAGAAUUUUCUAAAAGCAGUAGAAAAUCAAAGGCAAUUAUUAGAUCAACAACAAGAACAGCUUUUAAUUUUAAUGCAGCAACCAUCUCUAUCGCCAGCUGAUAGAAGUAUGACAUCAAUGCUUUUAUCUGACACUGAAUCUCGUAAAAUCAAUUUAUCUAAUCAAGUUGAAGCAAGUUUUCAAUCAUUUUCUAUGCCAUCUCCACUUUCUCCUGAGUCUCCUUUAUCUUCAGUAUCUCAAACUAGUAUCUCACCGCAUGAUAAUUCAGCUUUGAGUGAUGCUAUUAGUAAUUUAAGGAUUCUAUUUAUGGAGGUAGCAGCUACAAGUGAAGAGGCUUCAAAAAUUCUUUCAGGGAUUUCAGUUAGUACUUUAUCUCCAGAAUCUCAUAAUGCAGUAAAUUCCUUAAAUAAGAAAAUUCAAAAAGUUAAUUCAAAAUUGGGUAGUAUUAAUAAGAGACUACAAAAACCUUCAAAUUAUAUUACAAGAAUAGAAGAUGCUGAUGAGAUUAAUUCAAUUUUGAUGAGGUUACUCAGUUCGAUUAAAGUAUAUAUGAAUAAAUGUCAAAAAAUUGAAAGAUCAGGUUUAGGAUUUAGUACUAUAUCAUCAGCUGAUAUAACUCCACCUGAGUCUCUAUCUCCUUUAUUAACAGAUUCUGUUAAAAAGAAAUUUCCUUCUCCUCAGUUUGUUGCAAAAGUUUCUUCAAAUAUAGUAAGAACUCAAAAUAAUCAAGGUCAUAUAAAAGAAUUUCUGGAUAUUAUGGCAACUAGAAGAUUAGCUGAAAAGGAGAGAAAAAAGUUGAAGAAGUUGUUUGAUGAUUCUGGAGAAAGAUUACGAUCUAUCGUUAGAAAUAUUGCUAGAUUAGCAGCAAAUUCUAAUUCAGAUCAAUUGUUGAACUUUGCAGAUAGGUUUAAUUCUACAUUAGUUGAUAUCUUUAUAAAUCAACAGAAUUUAUUAAAAGCAUAUUUAGCUAUAUCGGGAAGGGGGGAGAAUUCACAAGAUGGUAUAAGUAUUAAUCAAGCUGUUAUAAAAUUAACAAAUAGCCUUUCAGAAAUAAUGAAUUAUUUGGGGAUUAAUAAAUUUGAGGAGACAACAUAUAGUCCUAGCCCAUUAUUAGAUAACCAAUUAUCUUCUAUUUCUACUUCAUCUUUAUCUCCCAAAUCAGGUCGUAAUAUUACAAAAUCUCCAAUCUCUAAAUUUAGUUCUUCAGAAAUAGCUCCAAAUUCUAGAAUGUUGCCUAUUGAGUCGCCAAUGAUGAAAAUUUCUGCUCCAGGGCAAAAAUCGAAUAAUAGAUUACAAUUGCCAGUUAUCCCAUUGUUUCGAAAGCCUCAUAUUGAGAAGCCAAUUUAUGAAUAUAAUAAAAGUCGAAAGGAUUCAAGAGGAGUACCUAUUGUUGCUGGUCCAUUGGCCGGUUCUAAUGUUGGGCAAAAGGCCCUUUCUUACGUUGAGAAGGCUCUUAAAAGGCAACAAACUACUGGGAUAUAUCCUGAAGGGUUUAAGAUUCAAGGGAGUAAUAUUUACAAGCAAUUACCUAUAUCUGUAGUUUCUCCACUUUUAGAAUCAAAUACUUCCAUAUCCACAAAGAUUAUGAAUCGUGAUAUAUUUUGUAUUAAGUAUGGUUAUAAAUCAAUGAGUAUCUCUUCUCAUCAUCGUGCUUAUCGUCUAUUUGCUAAGGCUCCAAAAAUAUUACCAAAAGGAGUUGUUAUGGACAGAAGAUCAGCAUGUGACAUUGCAUUUAAAAUAAGUGGAGUUAAUACAUUGCAAGAGUGUACCAAUAUUAUCUAUCCUACCUUAGUUAACUUAGGUUAUUCAGUAUCAGGUCAUAGAACUCAAAAGGUUUGUCAAGCUAUUUUGGUUGAGAGUAAUACAACUAACAUUGAGGGGGAUUGCUCUCAAUUUGUAAGUCAUAGAACUAAAUCAAAAUAUAACUUUACUCCACUUGAAAAUGAACGGGCAACUAAAAUGUUUCUAAAUUUCAACAGAUUAGGUAAUGAAGCAGGAGUGAAGACAGUUAAAUUAAGUCAUCAUACAAUAUGCGAUUUUGUUGAAUCAAUGAAAUUAGUCUUAUUCCCUGGUGAGAAAUUUGGAUCUUAUCGGGCUUACGAGUGUUUAGGUGCAUUUGAACAGCAUUUAUUACUCGAAUCAGCAAAUUUAACAGAGAAUCACAUUAGGGCCAUAUUAAAGGCAUGUCAAGAUUCUGGAUUUAAAUUGUAG